AUGAGGAACAUCUUCAAGAGGAACCAGGAGCCCAUGGUGGCUCCCGCCACCACCACGGCCACCAUGCCGGUGGGGCCGGCAGACAACUCCACGGAGAGCGGGGGCGCUGGGGAGAGCCAGGAGGACAUGUUUGCCAAGCUGAAAGACAAGUUCUUCAAUGAGAUCAACAAGAUCCCCUUACCGCCCUGGGCGCUGAUCGCCAUCGCCGUGGUCGCCGGCCUCCUGCUGCUCACCUGCUGCUUCUGCAUCUGCAAGAAGUGCUGCUGCAAGAAGAAGAAGAACAAGAAGGAGAAGGGGAAAGGCAUGAAGAACGCCAUGAACAUGAAAGACAUGAAGGGCGGCCAGGAUGACGACGAUGCAGAGACGGGCCUGACCGAGGGAGAGGGUGAGGGAGAGGAGGAGAAAGAGCCGGAGAACCUGGGCAAGCUGCAGUUCUCCCUGGACUACGAUUUCCAAGCCAACCAGCUGACCGUGGGCGUGCUGCAGGCUGCAGAAUUACCUGCCCUGGACAUGGGAGGCACCUCAGACCCCUACGUCAAAGUCUUCCUCCUUCCAGACAAGAAGAAGAAAUACGAGACCAAAGUGCACCGCAAGACCCUGAACCCCGCCUUCAAUGAGACCUUCACCUUCAAGGUGCCCUACCAGGAGCUGGGGGGCAAGACCCUGGUGAUGGCCAUCUAUGACUUUGACCGCUUCUCCAAGCACGACAUCAUCGGAGAGGUGAAGGUGCCCAUGAACACGGUGGACCUCGGCCAGCCCAUCGAGGAGUGGCGAGACCUGCAGGGCGGUGAGAAGGAGGAGCCGGAGAAGCUGGGUGACAUCUGCACCUCCCUGCGCUACGUGCCCACGGCCGGCAAGCUCACCGUGUGCAUCCUGGAGGCCAAGAACCUCAAGAAGAUGGACGUGGGCGGCCUUUCAGACCCCUACGUCAAGAUCCACCUGAUGCAGAACGGCAAGCGGCUCAAGAAGAAGAAGACGACGGUGAAGAAGAAGACGCUGAACCCCUACUUCAAUGAGUCCUUCAGCUUCGAGAUCCCCUUCGAGCAGAUCCAGAAAGUCCAGGUGGUGGUCACCGUGCUGGACUACGACAAACUGGGCAAGAACGAAGCCAUCGGCAAGAUCUUCGUGGGCAGCAACGCCACGGGCACAGAGCUGCGGCACUGGUCCGACAUGCUGGCCAACCCGCGCAGGCCCAUCGCCCAGUGGCACUCGCUGAAGCCCGAGGAGGAGGUGGACGCGCUGCUGGGCAAGAACAAGUAG